CCUAAAAUAAACUAACCAACCAACUUAGCAGCCUUACUGUAGGAGUCAAUGAUCUAUGUCUCUCUCUCUGUCCUCCAUAUUAUAUAUAUACCACAAUGGUUCCAUGAUCUUCCAAAUCGGAGCAUACAGAAAACAAAAGAAAGAAAGGUUUUUUUUUCUUGGGCAUAUCCCAAGUUUCCUUUUGUCUUUCCUUCUUUAUUUUUUCUUCUGGAUAUAAUUCUCCAAGAAGAAAACAAAACCCUUAUUUCUAAAACUACAUCAAAGUUGAUCGUAAUGGGAAACUGUUUAGUCGGAAAGAAGAUUGCAAAUGUUACUGAAGAAGAAGAUCGAUGUGAAGAAGUGAUAGCGAAGAAAGAUUACAAAGGGAAAGAUCGCAAAGUGAAGAUUGUUAUAACGAGAGAUGAGUUAGAGAAACUCAUACUUUUCCAGCUUAACGCAGACGGUGCAGCUAAAGGAGGAGAUGCCACGUUGGCUUCUUUUGGAGAUUUUCUAAGAGAACUCGAGGCGGAGAGAGUAGCCGGAGAAGCUGCGGCUGCGGCUGCAGAGGAAGAGAAGUCUCGCCAAAGAUUAUGUAGGAGGUGGAGACCGUCGUUGGAGAGUGUCAUCGAAUGGCCUGAAGAAGUAUAGUACUCUUUAUUUUAUUUUAUUUUCCUAUUAUUCAAGGUUUUCAAAUAUUUUAUUUUUCUACUAAAAGAAAAGGAUUUUCUUUUUGGAAAUUUACUUUUGCCUGUUUUUUCUAUACGACUUUUUUUUUCCGAGAUCGUUUUUGGCAUCUAAGAUCUUGGGUUUUUGAAAUGGGCAAUGGUGUAUUACCAAAAAAAACAAUCCGAAAAAAGAUUUCUAUGUUUUGUUUGCCUUUGUAAUUUUGUGUGUCAUCGUUAAUAAUGUUCAUAGCUCUGAGUAUAAUCGUUGGCUAUCAAGUUUGUCUUCCUCCCAUGUGUAAUAAUGUAAUAUUAUCUUAAGCAAAAAAAUAAAAAAAAAAUAAUAUUGUCAUGUGCUCUCUUUGUUGCUUUUCAAUGCUUGUAAUUCAACCAAAGUACUCUUACAAUUACGAACCAAAUCGGCCAGCAACAUAAACUCAAAGAAAAAAAACAUCAAAUAGGAUAGCAACAUAAACCCAUAAAAACAUCAGUAGGCAUCUAUAGAUUAACCCAUACAAAUGUGAUCUCUUUAUGUUUUACUAGAGAUUUUACCGCGCUAUGCGCGGUUUGUUUGUCUAUAAACAUUAUAUAAUAUUAAUGUUAAAUAUAACUUAAACCUUAGAUUUUUUUUAAAAAAAAAUAAGUAUGUUUUUAAAAUCUUAUAUCAUUUAUUUGUUUCGAAAUAUUUUAUUUGUUGAACAUAUCAUUAAUUUAUGUUAACAUAUUAAAUGUUUCUAUUAAUCUUUUAGUAAUCAUGUUUAAAUCUUAAAAUUUAUAAUAGUCUACAUUUAAUAAAAUAAAAAUGUUUUCUAUUAUUUUAUGUAUAUUAUAUAUUUUUUAUAGAUCAUUUGAUUGAUUUUAAAUUAUUUUUGAAAUAUAGGUAAAUAACCUUUAUUUCAUAUAAAUAUAUAAUUUUAUAAAUAUGUAAUAAUUUUAAUACUUAAAUCUGUAAAUUUUGAUGACCAAUAAAAUGAUUCAGUAAUUCUUUAAGCUUUGAAGCCAUAAUUUAUUUUCAAUAACCUUUUUUGGUAUUUAUUUUUUUGUAGAUAAUUAUUUGUUAUAAAAAUGUGAUAUAUGUAGUAGAUUUCAGGAUGAACCGAGUCCAUUUUUAUUUACUGCAUAAAAGUACUUUGGAUAGAUUGCAUUACACAUAUGCAGAUAUAUUAGUCAUCGGUAAAUUUUAAAAAAUUAUAACCUUGGAAUAUUGUUUGUAUAUUACAGUAGAAACUUAUUUCCACUAUUCUUAAGCUUACGAAGGUGUUGGAAUAGGAAGAUGUAAUUUAGAUUUUUUUUUAAUUGUAAAAAAUUCUCAAUGCAUUAAUUGGUGAUGGUUUAACCUAAAUUCUUAUAAAUAAAGAUGGAAAAAAUAUAAUGGUAUAUUGAUAGAUUGAAGGUAACAAUUAAAAAAAAUGUAAAUGCGUUUUACUGAGAAUCAAAAGCAGCUCUAAAGAAUUUAUUAAAUUCAUUAAUUUUUAUCUUAUAAUUUUGUGAUUAAAACAUAUUUAAGCUUAUUUCUAUUUUAUAUUGACAUAUAUGUUUUUUAAGAAUGUCAUCACUUUUAAAAUUUAAUUUUUUCUUCAUGUAUUUAAAAUUUAUUAUAUUUUAAUAUUUAAUUAAAAUAUUGUGUGUUAAUUUUCAAAAACUUAACCUAGAUAUUUAGUUAAUUUCUUCUAUGUACUUUUUAGUCAUUUUAAACUGAUUUUAAACCUUUUUGGUUUUGAGAAAUUGGUUUUAACUUUAUUUUGACAUAAUUAUUUUUGAAAGUUAGUGUAUGUAAUUUUGUCAUAUAUCACAAAAUAUAAGAAUUUAUGGUUAACUAAUGUAAAUAUAAAUACUUUUAAUUGUUUUUUGGAAAUUUUCAUUUAUUUAAAAUUAUGUUUUUUGAAAAUAGUGAAAUUCUGACUUGUAAUUUUUUUUCUCAUAAUAUUUUCUCUUUAGUGAGAGUUUAGGAAGUUUAACUUGUUUUAGAGAAGAUAUAUGGGAAAAUUACAUGUUUACCACUUUUAUGGUAUCACUUUUCAUUUUUACCACCACUAAUGAGACAUUUUCAAAAAUAACUUCUUCAUUAAAUGGCAAAAGACUCUUAUACCCUUGUUAUUUAUAUAUAUAAUAAAUCAUUAUUUAAAUAAAAAUAAAAAAUAAAAAAAUAAAAAAAAUAAAAAAAAUAAAAAAAAUAAAAA